CUGCUCCGCUUCCCGUCGAGAAAUCGGCGCGCGAUCCAAUUCGUUUCUUUCCGUGUGGGCGCUUGCGUCCUUUUGUUUCUUUUCUCUUCACUCUUGGUCGUUUCCUUCUAGACACACAGCUGAGCUGCUCAUUUUCCACUCGCUGGCCGACAUUCCCCUUUUUAUUUCGAAGUUUACCCCCAAGUUAUCAGAGUGGAGCACGGGAAGCAGCAGAGUCACAAUGGAGGCCACCACAACUUGGUCAACGUUGAGGCAACGGAGGAGAAGAGCAGGGCUCAAAUUUCCUGGUAGACCACGCCACAACUUGGCCCGCAGACAAGAACCAGCAACAUCAUCCGAGGAAGAGGGUGAGGAAGCAGACGGUGAACAGGAGGCUGGUGAAGAAGAAGAAGAAGAAGACGAGGAGGAGGGAGAGAAAGAGGAGGAGGAGGAUGUAGAAGAAAAAGAAGAAGAAAAAGCCGAAGCCGAAAGCGAGUCAGAUUCCGACGAACAGUCCAGCGCAUCUUCAGAAAGCGAUUCCGACGCAGCACCUGGCAAAGGAGCAGACUCAAGCGACUCGGAACAAGAGGAUACUCUUCCACCGCCCGCAGCUGAAGGAUCGGAGCCAGGAUCGCCGGCCCUCCCGAUCUCAUCACGCCAAACGAACCGCGAUGCCCUUCCUCCCGCAAGAGGCUUCAUCACGCUCGUACCGGGAGCUCCUCAGCCGACGCCACCCGCGCAACCUCCUCGAGUAACGUCCACACGACAGGCUCAACCGCCGCCUGCGGCGACGCCAUCAAGCCAAGCUCCUCCCGCCAGUCAAGCUCCUCCCGCCAAUCAAGCUCCUCCUGCCAGCCAAGCUCCCCCUGCCAGCCAAGCUCCUCCUGCCAGCCAGGCUUCUUUGUCUUCAUCUCCGUCGCCUUCUGCACCGCCAACAAUGACAAUGCCCACCGAAACCCCCGGAGUGAACCAACCUCCCCCCGCCGUCGGGAAUGCCGCGUCCGGAACCCCUCAAUCUAGCCUUAUGCCGCCCAACUCACAAACGGAGGCGACGAACACGCCGAUCUCCGCCACACCGGCUCCAGCGUCGGCGGGUCCGGACCGCAGUUUCGCCAUCGGGAUCGCCUUCGGCGUCAUUGCUGUAAUCGCGCUCAUCAUCGGAGCCGUAAUCUUUUUCCUUAAGCGCCAGAAGAGGAACAAGAAGGUGAACGCCGUCGCUACGAACAUGAGCCAGAACCCCGGAGGCGGCGGCAACGCCUUCUUCCAGAGCGGGCCGGCAGCCGCUGCCACCGACGGCCAACCCGCGCGCAGCACGCGCGAAUGGGAGAAGGCCAUCGUCGCGUCCUACAGGCAGACUCAGAUCGCGAACCGCACGACGAGGGAGAUGGAGGAACAGAUGAUGGCGCAGUACACUGCGGACAGGAACAGGAUGCCCGCGCGGCCCAGCCGGCCGCCCACGGCGGACACGGUGGCCACUAUCCCGGUGUUUCCGGCACCACCUGUCUCCAACUUCAACAGCAGCUACACCGGCUACGCCAUCACACGCGACGCCAAUACCGAGAGCUUUUACGACGAGAAGUCCAUCCACGAGGUUGCCAUGCCCGCGCCCUUGAGGCUUAGCGGAUCACCACCACCACGUCGGCCAGGUUCCACAGCGGCACCGUACCCCGUCUCGGGCUACGACCAGGGCUCUUACCGAGAGUCCAUCAACAUCGGAUACCAGCCCUAUAACUCGGGUCCCUCCUAUCAGCCGCCGCCUGGUCCCUACAGUUCGGGCGCCUCUUAUCAACCACAGCCCGGUGGUCUGCCGAGAGCGGAGAGGGGGCCGGAUGGGCGUUUCUCCCCAGAGAUGGGGUACGCCAGAGGGUAUUAGCGUCCUCUGUGCCGGCCGGGAGGUAAUAUUGGAAAAUAACGGGGCACGGGUAAACGCGCAGAGCACACGGUCAUUACCGAGACGACACGGCGACUUUCUCGUUGGAACCGGGAUAGACCCUCGAUGCAUCCGACAGACGAUCGGAUGAUGGGCCGUCCGACCCAUAGCUCUUGGCGCGUCCCAAUCAAAAUAAGAGACGACAGGUAACGCCUGUCGCUCGUCUGACCUAUCAGAACACUUUCCUUUCUUUUGAAUACCCAGCGAGCAGGUCGUCGUCAUAAAAAUCUGUACUUUAUAUAUCUAUACAUACUUUGCAAUAAUAUCACGAGAUACGAUGACCAACC